GUCAUUGUCAUUCCAAUUCCAAUGUGAUGCGAUUUGUGUAUCCAACCAAUCCAAAUAAAAAAAAUAAAUCGUUUCAAGGUGUACUAAGGUGUAUUGAAGUUAUUGAUUUUAUUAACUAAAAUGAGUUCUUACCACGGAGUUUAAAAAUAGAUUUCCAUAACCAUGGCAAAGAGAAAACCGGGAGUGAACGAUAUUAUAUAUGAGUUGGACAAUGAUGACACCGAAAGCAGCAGUGAAGAUGAAGUUAAAGGAAAUAAAAAGGGACGUUCUGAGACAAAAACCUCUUCCAAAAUGACUGCAUACCAAUCUGUUACUGAUAAAAAUGUAGUAGAUAUGACUAUACUUAGUAAUUCUAUGGACAGUGAUAGUGUAAUUGAUGUUGAAGACAGAAGUCAGAAUGGAGGGAAAAAUUCUAUUGUUGUUGUUGAAGACGAUAAUACGGAAGAGGAUAUGAAUACUGAUGAAUUAGAUUGUAUUAUUGUUAACUCUGACGAAAAACGUGAACAACGGAAUAUUGACGUUCCUGAAACGGUUAUUUUAAAUGAAGAUAUAACAGUAGACUCUCCAGCUUCUGGUAAUGGGCCGAUAUCAGUGGAAGAUGAAAAUUCAUCUCCACUGAUAACCAUUCGUUUCAAUAACAACAAGCUGGCAAAAAAGUAUAAAGAGAAGCUUAAACUUUUUAUAACUGACUUAUUGUCAAAUGAGAAUGAAAAUGUUAUCACAGAAAGUGAUACAGAAUUGGAUCUUACUGUUUGGUCAGACAAUUUUAUUACUGUACAGUCAAAAGCAACAGAAGAAAAAGUUGAUAAGUCCUUGUUUUUUGUUGAUACAAAUCCAAAUGAAGAUAAGGAUAAUGAAAUUCCAAAAUACACACAAACUUCCAAAGUGAUUUCAAAUGAAGUGGAAAAAGAACCAGAGCCUUCAAAAGCUAUCCGAAGAGGACCAAUCUGUUUUAAUUGUGGUGAAGACCAUAUGUUAAGAGAUUGCAAGUUACCAAGGAAUAUGAACAGAAUUGCUGAAAAUCGGAAAAACUUAACAAUGAAACUUGGUCGAUAUCAUGUUGAAGAUGAACAGAAAUAUGGUCAUUUAAUACCUGGAAGGAUAUCUAGUCAGCUCCGAUAUGCUUUGGGCUUGAAGAGGAAUGAGUUACCAUUACACAUAUACCAAAUGAGGAAGCUCGGCUACCCUCCCGGCUGGCUGGAAGAAGCCAGAAUAUCACAUUCUGGAAUAUCAAUGUUUGACUCAGCUGGUAAAGUGAUUCUGGAUGAAGAUGAUGAAGAGGGGCAAAUAUGUGAGGUUGGCUCCAAAGAUAAAUUUGAUAUCAAGAAGAUACUGGACUUUCCCGGAUUUAAUGUGCCAGCUAGUUCAAGAUAUGUUGAGCAAGGUCACAUAGUAGGUGCUCCUCCGAUCUCAGAGCAGGACAGCAAGAUGUUGAUGCUACAGACAUUGGCACCAAAUGCAAUGAAGGCAUAUAAAAGGAAAAAGUUGACAAUGUUCCCAUCGGGUACACCAAAUGACUCACAAAUCAGUCAAACCGAAAUGGAACUUGAUAGUGGCGAUGAAGUAAGUGAGUUCCCACUGGUGCCGCCCCUGCCCGACGAGGCGCCGCCCCCGCAACCGCCGCCCCCCGUCGCGCCGCCGCCCCCAGUCUCGCCCCAACACAUAUCAAGACAAGAAGUUAUAAAGUCAUCUAAAACUGUAGCCUCAAGUAAAGUGAAUUCAAGUCCAGAUAAGGCUGAAGUUAUAGAAAAAGAUGAAAAUGUUUGUGACAAAGAAACAACAGUGACAUCUAUAGAGCUAAAAGAUAUUCCAAUACCUGAUGAUUAUAUUAUCCUCGAUGAAGAUUUUGAAGACUAUGAGGAUUUUUCACAGAACGACAGCGGCAAUAAAAGCCCAACGUUAAUUGAUUUAGAAGAACAGAAGAAAAAACUAUUAGAUGCUCUAAAAGAACCAAGUCCUAAGAAAGGUAUUCCCAACGAAUCAUCAAGUGAAACUGAAAUUGUCGACGAAAAAGAAGUUGUUAAUGAACUUGAAACCACAGAAUUAAAUAAAAUAGAUGAGAAAUGCGACGAAAAUGCAAACAAAUCAGUAAUUGAACCAGAAACUUCCAUUGUUAGUAAACAAGUAAGUACAAAUAGUGAAUCUACUAACAUAGAGUCUGAAACUUUUACCACAGAUCAGUCAAUAUCAAAGACUGGUAUUAUUAGUGAAAAUAACAUAGAUUCUGAAACAUCUAAAACUGGACAGUCAGAAACAGGUAUUUUUAUCAGUGAAAGUAAUACAGACUCAGAACCAAUUAAAACUAGUCAAUCAACGUCAAAAACUGGUAUUGUCAAAUCUACAUCUUUGGGUACACCAAUUUUGAAUGUCGUGUCUCCGUACCUAAAACUUCCAAGUGACGAUAAGUUCGCCAAAGACAUGUGUGACGUCAUAAACUUUGAGAAUUUACCGAACUCGACGGGUAAAUACAAAAAGAUAUGUAACCUACUUAAAAAAGUUAAAAGUGAAGUGGACAGAAUACAAGAAUCAUGAUUGUAAAAUUGACCACUGAAGCCCGCUAGAAAUAUUCAGUUGUAACUGAAGAGUCGAACUGUUAUGUUAAAAUUGUGUGUAGGCAUAAUUUUAACAAUCAGUCGAACUGAACAGUUAAAGUUUUGCCUACACAUGCUCAGUUAUUACUGAACAGUUUGACUCUUCAGCUAAAACUGGCAGUUAGUACUGAGUUUUUAGCAGGCCUUACUGUGGUCACUUAAAAGUUCAAAGACUUUGACUUUGGUGUACAAUAAAUGAAUAAGUCGUUAGUGAGGCGGAUUUAUAUUUUUUUAUAAGUUUAAGUUUAGGAUAAAUGUGAACUGCCACAUACGUACAUAUUUUUGUUUAAAAAAAAUUUACACAUGUUGAACAGUAAUCCUUCAUAAGUCAGGUAUGAAUAGAAAAAGCAUCUUUUACGUUUGUAAAUAAGUUCUUUAUACAAGACUGAACUUAAAUUUUAAACUAGAAGUUAGAAAGAUCCUAUUGGGUCUUGAUAAUGAUAAUAAAUAUGAAUGUUGUUGAUUUAAAUUUACUCGCCUUGAAGGGACAAAGGAUCAGCUCGAAUGUAAUUAGUGCCGAUACCGGAUGAAGUAUAGGCGUCUAUUUGAUUUAAUUUUUGAUAAUGUAAGUUUACCUUUGAGUCUAUUAUCAUACUUUUUGUGUUGAGCUAUUUCAUAAUACAAUCACCUCUGAAUUCAUUGAAAUAAACGAAGUUAGAGUGCAUCAAAGGUUUAAAAAAUAAUUAAUUUUGAUGACUUUUUUAUCUACCUCAUAUUUAAUAACCAAUAUGAAGUCAAUAAAUGAAAAAAUUGAUAAACUUCUCCCAGAUCUUUAGUGGUUGUGAUCUAAUUUAGGUUAUAUUUUGUAUGUUUAUUUCAGCAUUCAUAUUUUACAUUGAAUCAUGCAUUUAAAAACACAGGUAGUUUGGGUGCUGCUUUAUACUUAUUUUCCUAUACCUAAACUGUUUCCCGUUGGACCGAAUAAUUCUAUAGAUUCGAAUGGCCCACCACCAACAGGAAACGCCCACUUUAAAUAAGGGUUAUUGUUCAAAUUGACAUCUUCAUUUGUCUGUUUUUUUUUGUAUGUGGACAGUUUUUUCUAAAAGCAAUUUGAAGUUUUUAUUUGACGCGUAAAUUAAAUAUAAAAUAAUGUACCCUUACAAACAAAAUGGUUGCAGUUGUCCAAUAAAAUUUACCAUAUUAGGAUUAUAUCCUAUCAUUUGGCUAGUA